GUCUCUCGGCUUAGAUGUUGGAGUCAAAGCAUCAUGGAGUCCCAUUCGGGGACGGAGCACUGCAAGCAAAAGUCGGUUUAGAAAGCAUCGAAGCAGAACAAAACGCAAAAUCGUGUCAACUAUGAAGAAACGCUAUGAUAAAGAUACGGAUUGUGACGCUGUUGGUCGCCGUUCUUCUGCUGGAAACACUCCGCCCAAGCGAUGCUGCGAUGACAAUGAAGCAAAUCAAAGAAUCCAUGGAAACUAUGAGGAAGGCGUGUGCCCCGAAAUUCGAUGUUCCCGAAACAACUCUCAAUGAUCUUAAGGCAGGAAACUUCCGUCCCGAUGCGAGCAAGGAUGAGAAGUGCUACGCUAAAUGCAUCGCCCAAAUGGCUGGCACACUCACCAAGAAAGGUGAAAUCAGCUUCUCGAAAACGACAGCCCAAAUUGAAGCUUUGCUUCCAACGGAACUAAAAGCCCCUGCCAAAGAAGCACUUAAGGCGUGCAAGGAAGUUCACACCGAUUACAAGGACAGCUGCGACAAGGUGUAUUACUCCGUGAAAUGUGCAGCUGAUUUCAAUCGUGAUGUAUUCAUUUUUCCUUAGAAGACAACCCCCGCCAAACGAACAACUGGACUAUGAUGAUGGAUAAUCCCGCUUCCCGUAGAAUAAUGAUAUAUGUUACAUUGGUUCAAUGUGUUAUAUGGUCAAACUGUGUGUUUUACUAACAACAACAUCCCGCACCUUAAUGGUUAAGACGUUUCGUGUUUGAAAUUAAAGUUAAGUAUUUCAAAUGAGGUUAUUCAAUAAAUACACCAUUGACAAAUGUUUUGCCAAAUUAAA